AUACAGCACUCUCACUACGACUUUGCACGGCUUUUAGUUCGGUCGCUAAAACUUACGCUUGGCUGCUCCUACCGGUUACGGCGAUACAAGUGAGAUAUCCUUGUGCGGUUUAGUUAUUUACUAUUUACUUGUCUCAGUUCUAUACGCGAAAGCCCCCAUCGGAAGUAGUCUGGUUCCUCAGUCGAUCAUGAGCAGUAUUGAACCGCAGAGCAAGAAAACCAAGAUGGUCUCGAGUUUGGAACAGCUGAAGAAAUUGACCACCAUCGUGGCUGAUACGGGAGAUUUCGAAGCGAUGAAAAUCUAUAAGCCCACUGAUGCCACGACCAACCCAUCAUUGAUCCUAUCCGCUGCCGGUAUGGAACAGUACCAGCACUUGAUCGACAAAGCAGUCAAGUACGGUUUAAAGCACGGAUCCACCGAAGACGAACAGGUGUCGGAAGCCGCUGAUAUGCUGUUUGUCCUGUUUGGUUGCGAAAUUUUGAAGCUGGUUCCAGGACGCGUGUCCACUGAGGUGGACGCUCGGAUAUCGUUCAACAAGAAGGCCUCGGUGGCCAAAGCCCUCAAGCUGAUUCAACUGUAUGAGGAGCAGGGAAUCAAGCGAGACCGUGUACUGAUCAAGUUGGCUUCCACCUGGGAGGGCAUCCAGGCGGCUCGAGAGCUCGAACAGGAACACGGAAUUCAUUGCAAUCUCACGUUGCUGUUUUCGUUCGCACAAGCAGUCGCCUGUGCCGAGGCUGGAGUGACGCUCAUUUCUCCUUUCGUGGGGCGCAUUUUGGACUGGUAUGUGUCCAACACCGAUAAGAAAUCGUUCGAACCGGAACAGGACCCAGGCGUGGUUUCGGUUACUAAAAUUUACAACUACUACAAAAAGUUUGGAUACAAAACGGUGGUUAUGGGAGCGUCGUUCCGUAACACGGGAGAGAUUCGCGCCUUGGCGGGCUGCGAUCUUUUGACUAUCAGCCCAAAACUGCUUGGUGAUCUGGAGAAGAGCGAAGAACCUAUCAAGCGUUAUCUGGAUCCGGAGGCCGCUCAGAGUAGUGAUCUGGAGAAGAUCACAAUGAAUGAAGCCACUUUCCGCUGGAUGCUCAAUGAGGAUCAGAUGUCGACCGAUAAAUUGUCGGACGGAAUUCGAAAGUUCGCGGCCGAUGGACGCAAACUUGAGUCUAUGCUCCGCGGAUUGGUCCAACAGUCUGCUUGAAAAAGGGGGUUUGAAUAAAUCUUUCGUGCAUUUAUAAAAUCUCGAAAGUAAUGAUCUAAAUUUAUAUUCCAUAUCAAUCAAUGAUUUUGACAAUAAAAUUGGCGUACCUUCUUUUUA